AGGCGUGGCUGGUAGAGACCACCAAGAUGUUAUUUGAGCUUGAGCAGCAGGCCCGGGCUGUGAAGACGAAGGAGGAGGCCAAGGCGCUGUUACCCCCUGUGGAGCAGAAGGCUAAGGAAGCCGAGAUGCAGGAGGGGAGAGUCCGCUAUGUCUCAGAGCUGUCCGUCAGGGUCCAUGGAAAAGAUGAGGGAGAGAAGGCGACGCGCCAUGUGGUGGUACAGUUCCACGAGGUUCGGGAGACCAUCACAUACGUCCGCACGGAGAUCAAGACCAAGAUGCAGACGCUACCGUCUAAACACGACCUCGACAUGAAGCCACAGAUCGAAGUCAUCAAGAAAGUCGAGACUCCUACAAAGUUUGAGCUCCUGUCACCCCCUCCCCCCAAGAAGAAAGUGGUUCCUCCCUCCUUCGCUCAGAAGCUCACCUCUGCCGUGGUGGACGAGGGGAGCCCGUUCAGGUUCGAGUGUUGUGUGGAGGGAGACCCGACUCCUGCUAUCACCUGGUACAAGGAUAACGACAACAUCGCUUCAUCCUCCAUCUACGAAACUGCCUUCAUCAACAAUGUGGCCUCCCUCACUAUCGCGGAGGUGUUUGUGGAAGAUGAGGCCCGGUACAUGUGCAAGGCCAGCAACCCUGGAGGCCAGGCCAUCUGCAGUGCCAAGCUCACGGUUAAAGCCAUGGAGACGGAGCCUCCGCCCCAGCCUCCGGUGCUGAACAUGAACCUGCAGGACAUCCAGGUGAUGGAGGGGGAGGAGAUCACGCUGGUCGUCAAGGUAACCGCACACCCGCAGCCAGACGUCUACUGGUUCUGUGACGGGCAACCUGUCAAGGAGUCCUCCGGGGUCAGGAUUGUUCUCCAGGGCGUUGACACCUUCUCGCUUGUCAUCAAGGAAGCGUACCCAGAGGAUUCUGGGAUGUAUUCCUUCCUGGCCAAGAACGCACACGGAGAGGCUCAUGGGAGCUGCAAGGUCACGGUGGAGAGAUACGCAGAGACAACGGACACAGAGGUACUGUCGGACAGUGAGCACGUGGCUCCGACGGUGUACGAAACACUGAGGGACAGAGAUGUGCUGGAGGGAAGCAAGAUCAGGAUGGACUGUGUCAUCAUCGGAACUCCUGAACCAGAGAUCAUUUGGUACUUUAAGGACAAGCCCCUGAAAGAGUCCCACAACAAGAUGCUGCUGUUUGAGGGGGACAAGUGUUCGCUGGUGAUUAACGAGGCACGUUACUCCGACCGUGGCGAGUACAAGUGUGUCGCGAUCAACCCCGCGGGGAAGGCAGAGACGGCCAUGACUCUGGAAGUGGAACCACUGCCAGCAACGGAUGGGUACCUGACAGACGAGAGCAAGUUGGCCCCCAAGAAACCAGACAUCCCUCCAGUUUUUGUGCAGAACUUUGAGGAGAGAAUAUACUACGAGGGAGCAGAGGCCAGACUCACAUGCAGGGUGCAGGGCAGACCCGCUCCUACGGUAACGUGGUACAAAGACGACGUGCAGGUGGUCCCGACCGGCCACAUCCGCAUCGUGCAGAUCGGCGACACCCACAGCGUCAUGUUCAAGCACGUGGGAGAGGAGGAUUAUGGGAUAUACAUGUGCGUGGCGGCCAACCGGGCGGGGUCGGUCUCGCGCUGCGGCCACGUCAGCCUGAAAGGGCCAGGAAUGGAACCUCCCAGGUUCACCCAGGAGCUUGCGGAUGCGCGCGGCGUGGAGGGGACCCCCGUGGGUCUCGUGUGCCGCGUCACCGGCAAGCCUGACCCCUCCGUCGUGUUCUACCGCGAUGGCAAUGUAAUUCACGAAAGUGAAGACUUUAAGAUUGUUAUACAAGGAGAUCUCUGUUCACUGCUUAUACCGGAGGUACUGGUACAAGAUGAGGGAACCUACAUGGCACGGGCAGUCAACCCCGCUGGGGAGGCCUCAACAUCGGCUGUGCUUAGGGUGGAAGGUGAGCUACGAGCCCCGACCUUCAUCAGGAAGCUGGACAAACAGCUCAAGGUCAAGGAGGGCCGGGUCGUGAUGCUGGAGGUCAUGGUGGACGGCUGUCCCAAACCCAAGGUGAAGUGGUUUAUGGACGAGGAGCCUGUGAUGUCACAGGACUAUGACAUUGUCGUGGACGGCGGCCGCCACGCCCUCACCAUCAAGGAGGUGUUCGACGAGGACGCGGGCGUCUUUAAGUGUCGCGCCAAGAACUCCCAAGGAGAGGUCCUCUGCACCUGCCAGCUGUCCGUGGAUCCACCAUCAAGUGAUGAGGAGAGGGAAAGGGCAGAAGUGCCUGUUGUGCAGCAACCUACGGUGCAACCAACUGUGCAACCAACUGUGCAACCAGCUAUGCAACCAGCUGCACAACCUGUACAACCAGUGGAAGAGCCACCCAUGGAAGUGGAAAGAGUACCAGAGCCACCAAUCAUAAGAAACAUGGAACCGCCAAAGUUCGUCCAACCAAUCCGAAGCAUCGCUGUUGUUGAGGGCAAGCGAGCAGAGUUUGAAGGACUUGUCACAGGUGACCCCCAGCCGGAGGUUACUUGGUACAAAGACGGGCAGGACUGUAGCCAGAAUCCCGACUUCGAGAUCACGUAUAUCGAGGGGCAAACGAAACUCGUGAUCCCGGAAGUCUUCGACGAGGAUGCUGGGAAAUACACCUGCAAGGCCAAGAACCAGGCUGGCACGGCCGCCUCCACAGCUGAACUUGUGGUCAAGGCCGUGACGGAGCCACCAGACUUUACGCAGCGCCUGCAGAGCAUGCAGGCGAGCGAGGGUGCCCAGGUGCGACUUGAGGUCCGCAUCUCAGGCGUGCCCACGCCCGAGAUCAAGUGGUUUCGCGAAGGAGCCGAGAUACAGUCGUCACAUGACUUCCAGAUCAUACGUGAGGGGGAUCUGGCAGCCCUUGUGAUCCGCGAGGCCUUCCCAGAGGAUUCUGGGAAGUUCAGUGUCACGGCGUCCAACAGCGUGGGCAGAGCAACUUCUGCUGCUCACCUCGUCAUUUCAGCUGCGGAAGAAUCAGUAGCCAUGGAGGCUGCCACAACAGAACAAGUCCAAAUCACACAAGCACAGACACAAGCACAACAGAUGGAUCUCGGAUCUGGGUUUGAACCUGGACCAAGCGAGGUUCGAGAGGCUGUUGUCAGCGCCGCGGCCAGAAGGGCCGUCGGUGGCGUACAGUACGGAGAACAAACCGUCUCCACACAGCAAGUUGCCGUGGCCGAGGAAGAGCGAAGACGUGCGAUCCAAACGUCCCAGCAACAGGUCACAGUUACAGAGCAACAAACGAUGGAAGCUGCUAGCAUGACUAGUAUGCAGGCUUCUAGUACCACAAGUAUGCAGGCAUCUAGUACCACAAGUAUGCAGGCAUCUAGUAUGACUAGCACAUCAGCUGAAGAACGCACAGUAACACAGCAGCAACAGGAAAUGCAAGCGGCAUCGGAGACGCGCCAAGUGAGUGGCGGCGUCACCGUGACCCGCGAGACACGCGAAGUCGGUGCCGUGACGAGAGUAUCACAAGAGACCUCCGUGAAGACGUCUCGUCGUUCAGAACAGGUCGUGACCCGUGACCUGGCCUCGGAGAAGGUCGUGUCGGCCAUCGACACCACGCCGAUCGACUGGAACGGCAAGAAGAGGCCGCCCGCGCCCGCCAAGAAGGUCCGCACCUUCACGCCGGAGGAGCUCUCCGAGAUCAAGCAGAUGCGCGAGGAGGUCACGCUGCGGGUCGAAGGUCAGGAGAUGAUGCGGGCUAAAGGAACCGUCAUCUCCGCCAUCGAGAAGUCCCCCAUCCAGUGGGAGAUCCGCCGGAUGCAGGAGGAAAAGAGGAGGAAAGAAGAAGCAGAACGGGCAGCGGCUGAGGCCGCAGCCAUGGAAAUUGUGGAGGUGCAGAUGGAAGUAGAAGAAGCGCAAGCACCUCCGCCGGCCCCACCUGCUGAGCCAGAGGCCAUGGAGACUGGAAUCUCACAACCCGUCUUCCAGAAGCAAGCAGGCCAACAGCAGAUUUACCAACAAGAAAUGCACGGGAGGGACCCCAUGCAACAAGUGCACCAGAUGCGCGCCAUGCAGCAACAGGUGCAAUCCAUGCAGCAACUGCAGCAACAACAAAUGCAGCCAAACCAAAUGCAGCAACAACAAUUGCAACAGCAACAGAUGCUACAACUACAGCAACAUCAACUGCAACAGCAACAACUGCACCAACAGCAAUUGCAGCAACAGCACCAGGUGCAGUCCCUGCAGCAGCUGCAGCAGCCAGUCUUCACCAUGCAGCAGGUGGAGGGCCUGCAGCACAUGGCUCCCGCCCGCACGGUGCAGCAGCUGCCUGGUAUGCAGCAACACAUGGUACAGCAGACAACUGUACAGCAGUACCCUGGUGUACAGCAUCACAUGGUACAGCAGACUACCACCGUCCAACAGCGUAACCCCGGCGUACAGCAGCACGUGCUGCACACAUCCGGGCACACCACUGUGGAGCGGAUGCAGCCAGCACUCGCGGCAAUCCACCCGGCGCAGGUCAUCCACGCGGGACACGCCAAGGAGGGAGUGUACCGUGCACACCCAGAGGAGGUGCAGGGGAGCCCGGGACAGCGGCGCCGCGCCCUGAUACAGCUACACGAGGGAAUCCACGCAGACUUCGAUGCUCACAUCCCGUACUUCCCCAGGGCCCUGUCAGACAUCACAGCUGAGGAGGGGGAAUGUGUCAUAUUUGAGUGCAUCGUUCUGGGCGAGCCGCAGCCACACGUCAAGUGGUUCCGCGAAGGCGCCGAGAUCGAGAGCUCCCCAGACUUCACCAUCUCUAUGGAAGGUGAUGUCGCCAGGCUGGUGAUAUCCGAGGUGUUCAUCGACGAUGCCGGCAAGUUCACGUGCACCGCGCUGAACGACGCGGGCAGCAGGUCUUGUUACUGCUUCCUGCACGUCAACGCUGCUGCGGUCAUCGAGAUCCCACCUCCACCACCACCGCCACCAAAAGUCGAAGAGGGACCACAUGAUUUUGUAGUUGAUAGUUCAAAGGGCAUCUCCAAGCCGACCUUUGCGGCCAGGCUCAUGCCCUGCAAGUAUGUCGAAGGUCAGACCGUGAUCUUCAAGAUUCCGGUGGACGGGAACCCCCGCCCGGAAAUCUCCUGGACUUUUAACGGACUCAAGAUUGAAUCUGGUGUCAGACACCAGAUCAGCUACGAGAUGGGAUUCGCCAUGCUCUCGAUCUCCAUGCUGCUUCCGGAGGAUUGCGGAGAAUACGCCGUCACGGCCAGCAGUCCCUCCGGACAGGCCACACAGAAGGCUCGCCUCAUGACAGAAGCUGAGUACGCGAUGUGGCUUGUGGAGGAGGAGGAGAAAGCGAAGAAGGCGCAGCGCAUCUCCUUGGUUACGGAGAUGGAGGAGAAAUUCUCCGCCUCUGAGACUGAGGGUGAGGCUGUCGUCAAACCCAGCGCAGCCGGACUCACACGCCAAGCAGGCAUCGCCGAGGCCCGCAUCAUCGAGUCCAAGAUCUCGAUGGAGGGAUAUGGCGAGUACCUGGAGGCCAAGAAGAGCGGCGCGAGCCCGGAGCGCGGACCGCGUUCCCGCUCCCGCUCUCCCCGCCGAGACACGACAGAACCCGGCGUGAAGGAGAAGCACUUCCGCCCGCAGAUCGUUCAGCGUCCCGAGGACCUGGAGGUCAUCGAGGGUCAGAUGGCAAGGUUCGACCUGAAGGUGUCGGGCCGCCCCCCUCCCGAUAUCCAGUGGUUCCUGAACGGACAGCCCGUACAAGACGACGCCACACACAAGGCUGUGGUUAAUGAGGGAGGCAUCCGUUCCCUGCUGAUUAUCCCCGCGACCCCGGAUGACUCCGGCGAGUACACGUGCGUCGCUGUGAACCGCGCCGGCAAGGCCUCGUUCACUGUUAGACUCAACGUUGUCCCGCGAGUUAUCGGGGAGCGUCCGGAGUUUCUGCAGCGUAUCCAGAACGUGCAGGUACAGGAGGGCGCGGCUGCGGAGAUGCGUACGCGUAUCCACGGCGUGCCGUACCCGCAGAUCGCAUGGCAGAAGGACGGAUACACCAUCUCCGAGAGACCUGGACUCAGGAUGAUCAACCAGGACGGAAUGGUGUCCCUGAUAUUCGACAUAACCGACAAAGAGGACGACGGUUGGUACACUGCCGUGGCGUUUAACAGUGCCGGUACCGUGGCAACCCGCUGCAAACUGACCGUGAUUCCGACACUGAAGAAGGCCGAACCACCGCAGAGACUGGUGGUCGCCAAGUCCAAGAGAACCGCAGAGUUCAAGAGAGAGGAGGUGACGGCCAUCUCUAAGUUCGGUGAGGAAUCUGUGGACGAAGAGGAUCUGUACGACAAGACGCGUAAGCAGCGCCCAGUCUUCAAGACGAAGAUCAGUCCCGUGAACCUGGAGGGCAUGGGGCGCGCUCACUUCGAGUGUCGCCUGGUGCCCAUCGGAGACCCCAACAUGAAGGUGGAGUGGCUGAACAACGGACAGCCCAUCGAAGCAGCCAACCGUCUGCAGUAUGUGAACGAGUUUGGUUUCGUGAGCAUGGACUAUCUGGUGGCGUAUCCACGCGACACCGGAAUCAUCACCUGUCGCGCCGUCAACCAGCACGGAGAGGCCGAGACAUCUUCCCGCCUUGUGGUCAAAGAUGUUCCUGGUAAGAUUGAGGAGACCCAGCUGCCCGAGGGCAUGAGGGGCAUCAGCAAACUCACCGAGUACGAGAGGAGGCUCAGAGAGUCGACCAUGCGUACGUACGUAGACGAGGCGGAGCCGGAGUUCGAGAAAGCUCCGCCGGAGAUCGUGAUGCCUCCGGAGGGCUGCCGCGUGGUGGAGGGCGAUCAGGCCAAGUUCCACUGCCGCAUCACCGGACACCCACAGCCGAAAGUACGCUGGUACCUCAACGGCACCAUCAUCAGGAAGAGCAAGCGUUUCCGCGUGUGGUAUGACGGAAUUUUCCACUUCGAGAUCCCGGAGUGUAAGACCCUGUACGCCGGAGAGGUCAAGGUCGUGGCUGAGAACAGCCAGGGCACGGCCGAGACGGUCGUUCCUCUCGAGGUGCAGCUCAAGGAGGACUACAGGACCAUCCUCAAGACUCCUCCCAAAACUGCUGCUGACCCUGACCUUCGCAGAUACCACCGUCUGAAGGGACGUGAGGAGCUCACCGUCAAGCGCGAUCGCUCGCCAGGAUUCGAGAUGCCAAAACUCAAGAAGGUUGAGAAAGUAACCAAAGAGAAGAGUGAAGCAGAGCUGGCCUCAGUGGAGCUGCAGAAGAAGUUCCAGAAAAGGUUCGAGCCCGGCUACUACGAGAAACUGGCUGGCAUGGAGCUCAAGGGAAUCACCAAGGAGGAAAUCAAAAUUGAGGCCAAGCCCCUGAAGAAGAGAGAAGUGGCGGUAGAGGCAGCGCCCGCCCGGGCCGCCCCGCCCCCCGAGAAGAGACCGAAGAAGGAACCAGGCAUGGAGGAACCCAAGUUCACCCAGAAGAUGCAGAACCAGAAACUCAAGCCUGGCGAGCAGUGCAGGUUCGAAGCGAAGGUGACCGGUAAGCCGGAACCACGCAUCAGCUGGUUCAAGAACGGCGCAGAGCUGCAGUCGAGCGAGCGCAUCCAGAUCACGCGCGACGGAACAACCUGCGUCCUGACCAUCCCCAACCCGGACCACGAGGAUUCUGGGACAUACGUCUGCAAGGCCGACAACGCGGCGGGAAGUGCCUCGUGCACAGCCUUCCUACUCGUGCCAAAGGUGGUUGAGUUAGGUUUCACCAAGGAGCUGGCGGAUGUGACUGCAAAGGAGCGUGACGCCACCGCGGUGUUCGAGGCCGACGUGAACCAGGAGUUUGCCAAACCUCGCUGGUACAAGGAUGGCGUCGAGAUCACCAUGGGAGACAAGUAUCAGCAGCAGGUGAUGCGUAAGUGCCUGAUGCUGGUGGUGCGUAACGUGACACUGGAGGAUGCUGGACAGUACACCUGCCAGGUGGAGAAGGCAACAUCAUCCGCCACACUCACUGUCACAGCCCUUCCUCUGGAGGUCAGGAAACCCCUCCAGAACAUGGAAGCCAUGGAAACGGGCGCCGUGACCUUCGAGAUCGAGCUGAGUCAGGAUGACCUUGAGCACCAGUGGUUCCACAAUGGCAGGGAGAUGACGAACUCCGACCGCGUACAGAUCAAAUUACACCGGCACUUCUUCUACCGGGUCACGGUGAAGGAUCUGGCGUUCGAGGACGCCGGGGAGUACAAGUUCAAGUGCCGUGAUGUCACGGCUUCCGCUCAGUUGGUCGUUACAGAGCGCCCUCUAGAGGUGACGAGAUCACUGCAGCCUGUCACCGUCUACGAACAGGAGACCGCGAGCUUCGAAGUGGAGAUUUCACACGAAGGCAUUGAGGUGCAGUGGGAGCGGAAGGGCAGUGUUCUCGCCCCGAGCGACCGUGUAACGAUCGAGGUCCGGGGCUGCGUGCACCGCCUUGUCAUCUCCAACGUUUCUCAGAGCGACGCUGGCGAAUACGCCGUUGUCAUCGGAGACUUCCGACAGACUACACAGCUGGUCGUGGAGAUUCGCAAACUUGAGUUCACUCGGCCGCUGCAGAACAUCAAGAUCUUUGAGAAGCAGACUGCAACCUUCGAGGUGGAGAUCAACUUCUCAGGAGUGGAUGUGCAGUGGCUAAAGAACGGGGAAGCGAUUGCGCCCAACAACAAGUUCCACGUGCACGCAGACCAGAAGGUGCACAAACUGGAGAUCGUCAACGUUACCGUGGAGGACUCUGGAGAAUACAGCUUCGUUGCCAUGGACACCAAGGCCACGGCAACGCUCUAUGUUGACAUUGCCAGCUCUGAGCCAGCAGCAAAACACGUGGAGUUUAUCCGUAAGAUCUACGAGCCCGUGCGCUGCUCUCCCGGCGAGACAGCCACAUUCGAGCUGGAGAUCUCCGAGGAGGAUGUUGAGGGGCAGUGGUUCCGCAAUGAGGUGACCCUGUCGACCAGCGAUAAGUACCGGUUCGAGCAGGUUGGCGGCGUGAGGAGGCUCUACAUCUCCAAUGUCACCCUCGAGGACCAGGGCGAUUACUCCUUCGUUGCUAACGACGCCCAGACCAGCGUGACGCUUUACGUUGAAGUGAAAUACGUGGAGUUCCGCCGCAAGCCGAUGGAAACCAUUACUGUCAAACCCAACGAGGUCGCGACCUUCGAGUUCGAGGUCACCGACCAGUACAAGGACGUGGACGUCUCGUGGUAUCGGAACGAGAUUCGCAUCGAGACAAGCGAGAAGUAUAAGGUGGAGCGCGAUCGCUGCGUACACCGUUUGCUGAUCGCCGACACCGAACAGGGCGACUCUGGCGAAUACGUCUUCGUCGCUGGCGAGACCAGGGAGGUCGUUACCCUCUACGUUGAAGUUACAGUUGAUGAGGAGACCCCCCUGCCUGAUAUUCAAAUCCGCUCCGCACCCCACGAGCCAAUCAGAGUGGACCCGCAUGACACGGCUGUCCUAGAAAUCGAAAUCUCCGAGGAGGAUUUCGAUGCUCAGUGGCUCCAUAAGGACUUGAGGCUUGAGAUUAGCGACAAGUAUGUGAUUGAACGAGACCGCUUCACCCAUCGACUGUUGAUAUACGAUACGCUGCCGGAGGAUGCCGGCGACUACGUGUUCGUUGCCGGGGAGACGCGUCACGUCUUCACGAUCUAUGUAGAGACUGCUCAUGUUGAAAUGCAGCGGACGAUCGAGGCGUUUGAGGUUGUGGAGUACCAGACCGCGACGCUUCAGUUCGAGAUCGACGAAGACGUGUCUGCCGUGCAGUGGCUGCACAACGACAAGGAAAUACAUGCAGGAGAAAAGUACCAGAUGGAGUCAGAGAAGCGUCUCCACAAGCUGAGCAUCAUCAACAUCACGCAGGAUGAUGCUGGUAACUACACACUGGUGGCAGGGGAGGCGCGCUACACCACCACGCUCAUCGUCAAACCGGCCGAGUUGGAGAUGGCCGCCCCCCAGUUUACCCAGACCCUGAAGAGUCACAUCGUGGAGGCCGGAGAACCCAUCCGCUUCCAGGGCACUGUGACAGGACACCCCCCGCCCACCGUCAGCUGGCUCAAGAAUGGCCAGCCGAUCGAGCAGGGCGACAAGUACAAGUUCGUAACAGACGGCAACGUCCACACCCUCCUGGUCAUCAACUCCUCCAUCGAGGAUAGCGCCGAGUACGCCUGCGUCGCUAGCAACGACGUCGGCAUGGCAACAAGCUCCGCCCAGCUCCUGGUCGAGGAGCAUGGAGUGGAAGAGGCGAUGGAGGAAGAGGUGCGACCCCCCCACAUCGUGGAGCCCAUCCAGGGCACCGAGACCCGCGAGGGAGAGGGGGCCGGCUUCACCUGCAGGAUCGAGGGAACCGAGGUGGAUGUUACGUGGUACCGUAACGACUCUCCCAUCAAGCCUUCCAAGUACUUCCAGCUGAUGUCGGAAGGCGAGUACUACGUCUUGAACAUCAGCGAAGCUUUCCCUGAAGACGCGGGGACCUACAAGGUCGUCGCCGUCAACCCGGCCGGAGAAGACCAGUGUGCCGCGGACCUGCAAGUGGAGAAAGCUGUCCCGGAGGCGGAGUUGGUCAAACCCACCCAAGUGUCUCCCGCCUUCAUCAAAGACCUGCAGAAUCAGACCACUCCUGAGGGCAGCUCCGCAAAAUUCGAGUGCCGCAUCCAGGGGAAACCCGACCCCGCGGUCACCUGGUACAAGAACGGCACGGAGCUCAAGGAGACGUCUGACUUUAAGAUGUCGCGUCUCGGAGACGUGUACUCCUUGGUGAUUGCGGAGUGUCUGCCUGAAGAUUCAGGGAUGAUUCUGUGCAAGGCUGUCAACCCAGCCGGACAGGUGCAGAGCCAGGCACAGCUUACAGUACAAGAAAUCCCUCCACCUGAGCCGCUGGAACCAAUCGAAGAAGUCAUCACAUCCGAAGAGGAGGCUCCUCAGAUCAUCCCGCCGUCGUUCUCGCGAGAGUACGGCGAGAUCCGGGCCAUGGAGGGCGGGUCCGUGCGGUUCGUGGCCGCCGUGGCAGGCUCUCCGGAGAUCGAGGUCGCCUGGUUCAAGGACGGAGCUGAGCUUCACGAGGGACCCAAGCACUGGAUCCUGUUUGAUGACAAUGUUGCUGUACUAGCUAUUCCUAGGGUUGAUCUUGCUGACGAGGGCUUCUACACCUGCCGCGCGCGCAACGCUGCCGGGAUGGUGGAGAUCUCCGCGCCGCUCAUCAUUGAAGUGCCGGAGCUGAAGUUCGAGGCGCCACCGCCCAAGGUGGUCAAACCCAAGAUCAAGAAGCCUGUCGCCAAGAAGGAGGAAGUUGUCGAGGAGAAACCAGUCCUCGUCAAGCCAAAGGUGAAGAAACCCAAACCCAAGAAGGAGGUUCCGUUGGUCGGCGAAGACGCCGUGAAGAAGGCCAAGCCCAAGACGAAGGGACCGGGACCAUUCUUCAUCAUGAAGCCCAAAUACCGCACCGUACCGGAAGGAUCGGGCACGCAGUUCCGCGCCAAGGUGGGCGGCGACCCGAAGCCGUCCGUCCGCUGGAUGAAGGGCAAGUGGCGGUCCAUCGAGGACAGCGCCCGCAUCCACGUCUACCACGACCCCAAGAAGGACGAGUACGUCAUGGAGAUCCGCGAGACCAAGCCUUCAGAUGCAGGUAACUACAAGUGCAUCAUUGAGAAUGAAGGCGGCAAGGAGGUCUGCGGUGUGACGCUCAUCGUCGAGGAGAAACCCAAGGAGCUGCUGGACUGGCGCUCACUUCUUAAACCUGUUUCUCUCCGUAAGGAGGAAGAGCAUGACAUUGACAUCUGGGAGAUCCUGAAGAACGUGGAUCCGUCCGAGUACGAGAAAUAUGCCCGGAUGUUCAAGAUCUACGAUUUCCGCGGCCUGCUGCACCAUCUCAUCUGGCAGAGGGCGCAACUGGAGGAGGGACGCAAGAAGCUCGAGGCUGCUAAGAAGGGCCGUGAGGCCUGGCAGCCCCGCACGCCCACCCCGCAGCCAAUGGAGGGCGCUGAGGUGGACUUCGAGCGCGCCUUCGAGGAGAUGCAGAAGAGUCUGUACGCAGAGGAGCGUGUGAUGCCCCUGCGCGGACCUGAGGACCAGCGCAUCCCGCCGCACAAUCGCGCGAGAUUUGAGUGCGAGAUCGAGAUCAGAGACCCCAAGAUCGAGCUGGAGUGGUACCUCAAGGGCGAGAAGUGCGUCGAGGGAGAAAAGUUCCAGUUCGAGCGCAAGAACAACACGUACACCCUGAUUGUGAACGACGGCCUGGUGCCCGACUCCGGCAAGGUCGGGGUGGUGGCCGGGCCGUACAAGGGCUCCGCCUUCCUGACUGUGGAUCCCAUGCUGAAGGCUGGGUUCCUGUCGGGCAUUGGCGACAUCGAGGUGCCGCAAGGCGAGCCGGGAACGUUCUGCUGCGAGGUCACCCCUGACGACGCUGACGUCACCUGGUACAAGGAGGGCGUUCAGCUGGAGCAGGAUGAAAAGUUCCAGUUCGUGAAGCAUGGCAACAAGCGCAUGUUGGUUGUGCGCGACUGCCAGCCCUCGGACGAGGCUAUCUACGCCGUCACCUGUGGCGACGAGAAGUCAGAGGGCGGCCUCACUGUGGAAGGCCCUGUUGAGUUUGUCGUGGAGCUGGAGGACGUCCGCGUGAUGGAACACCAAACCGCCACGUUCUGCUGCGAACUCACGCGAGAUGACGUGGAGGUGCACUGGUACAAAAAUGGCCAGCGAAUCGAGGUCGGCCUUCGGUACCACAUCCGGCAGGAGCGCCGAGUGGCCUCUUUGGUCCUCGUGGAUGUUCUCACGGAAGAACAGGGCACGCAGUUCACUGCCCAGGCAGGGCCCGACGGUCCCGUGUCCACCGCAACGCUGUUCGUCGAAAUGGAAGUUAUGGAAUUCACCAAACACAUCGAGAACAUUGAAGUGAUCGAGAAACACAACGCCACCUUCGAGUGCGAACUCAACACCGAGUACGCCGACGUCACCUGGUUCAGGGACGAGAAACAGCUAGAAGAAGGUGAGAAAUACUCUACGAGUCAGAAGGGCUGUAGCUACUUCCUGACUAUCUACGACGUGACAGCAGAAGACGAGGGAGAGUACACGGCCGUGGUGGCGGACAAAAGCUGCCGGGCCGAGCUCUUCGUCAUUCUGGAAGGCGCCCUGCAGAUAGUGCGUCCCCUUGAGGACGUACACUGCCUGGAGUGGCAGCCCAACGUGUUCUUCGAGUGCGAGAUCUCCGCCGCCGGCCAGCAGCCGCGCUGGUACCGCAAGCAGGAAGAGAUCUUCGAGGGCGAGAAGUACCGCUUUGAAGUCGACGGGAAAGUCCAGCGUCUGUACUUCCACGACGUGGUGUGCGCGGAUGAGGACGAGUACAGCUUCAAGAUCGAGAGGAUCAGCACCACGGCCAAGCUGUGGGUCGAAGCCCGAGACAUCCACUUCGACAGCCCCAUCGCUGACCAGGACCGCCUGGCUGGCGAGCCGGCUCACUUCGAGUUCGAGCUGGACCAGGUGGAUGUGGAGACCCGCUGGUACAAGGAGGAGUCUCAGAUCACACUGAGUCCCAAGUACAGGAUGAUUGAUGAACAGACCAAGCACAAGCUUGAGAUCCUGGACUGCCAGCCGGACGAUGCUGCCCUGUACAAGGUAAAGGCGGGGCCGCACUUCUCCGAGGCGCACCUCUGGGUCAAAAGAGCUCCUGAAGUCUUCCUACGACCUCUUCAGGACCAGGAGAUUAACGAGACCGAAGAGGCCCUGUUUGAGUGCGAGAUCUCUCUGGCUAAGCGUGAGGUCACGUGGUUCCGUGGAGAAGAGCAGAUCUUCCCCGGAGACAAGUACGAGAUGAUCUCUGAGCACAAGGUCAGGCGUCUCAAGGUCAAGGACGGACGACUCGACGACGAGGGAGAGUACUCCUGCGUCUUCGGCGAUCAGAAGACUACUGCAAACCUCUUCGUCAAAGAACUACCGGCAGAUAUUGCAGCCGUCGAGGCGGUUUCCAGGGAAGGCUGUCGAGGCGGUGGCUAGACCAACAGCCGCAGAGAAAGCACCAGUUCCAGAGGAGGCAAUUCUACCGGUGGAGGCGGUCGCUAGACCCGUUGCUAUGGAGACAGUACCCACUGGAGCCCCUGAGAAGCCGACGGUCGCUAGACCCACAGCUGGGGAGAAAGUUCCUACAAAAGAACCAGCGGACGCCCAAAAGAAAGCCGUGCCAGUAGGACGGAAAGGUCCGAAGGAGGAUGUCGGGCUUGAGGCAGUAAAACUCAAACCAAUCCCAGUACGCAAAGCGGAGGCACCCCCUCCAGAAAAAGCUGCGGACGACACGGAUCGAGAACCGUUCGAAGUUCCAGCUUGGCAACAACGCCCCAUCGACUGGAGCAAAGUUCCCACAGCCGAGUUCUCCUCCCCUCUCCGGGACCAGGAGGUCUGGCAGCUGGAGCAGGCCACCUUCGAGUGCGAGGUCGCCAAGGAGGAGGCUUACGUCAUGUGGCUGAAGAACGGAGAGGAGAUCGUGCAGAGCGAGAAGUACGACAUCAGCGUGGAGGGCCGCCGCCGCAUCCUGCGGAUCACCGGCUGCCUGCCGGAGGACGAGACCGGCUACACGGCGCAGUCUGGGCAGUGGGAGACCACGGCAAACCUCAUCGUCAACGAGGUGACCCAAGAGGACCUCAGCCAAGACUAUGCCAUCCAAGGUGACACGGUCAGCGCCACGCCAGUCCUGCACAAGUUUACCCAGGGCAUGGACGACCAGCGCGCGGUGGAGGGCGAUGUCGAGGCGGCGUUCACCUGCCUCCUGUCCGAGGAGGACGCCAAGGUGCAGUGGUACUGCGAGGGCCAGCAGCUGGAGCCCAGCGACAAGUUUGAAAUGGCGGUGGACGGGAAAGUGCAGGAGCUCAUUGUUAAGAACAUAGUUCUUGAAGAUGAGACGGAGUACACCUGUAUGUCAAAGGACGACUCCACUACUGCCAUGCUGUAUGUGGAAGCGUUACCGCCAGAAAUCAAGCGAGGUCUUGAGGACGUAGAAAUCUAUGAAAAAGAAACCGCGUCCUUUGAAAUCGAACUUACGAAGCCUGUAGAGGAAUUCUCCUGGCUCAAAAAGGGAGAAAAACUCGAGGCCAGUGAAAAAGUCGCCAUCGAAAGAAUGAACGAACUGACGUACCGCCUGAUUCUGCGCGAUGCAGUUCUGGAGGAUGAGGGUUCAAUCAAAUUCGAAUCGGGUGACCUGAAAUCUACGGCUAUGCUCACAGUGAAAGCUCUUCCUUCUGAGAUCGAGAAGAAUCUUGAAGACGUUGAGAUCUAUGAGAAGGAGACUGCGACGUUUGAGCUGGAGCUGACGAAGCCCGUGGAGGAGUACAGGUGGUACAAGAAGGGGACUGUGCUGGAGAUGAGUGAGAACGUACUGAUGGUGGAGGAAGGAGGGAGGUACAGGCUCACGCUACAGGACUGCCAAGUGGACGAUCAGGGAGCAGUCAAGUUUGAGUCCGGACAUGUCAGACCCUCCGCUAGUCUCAUUGUCAAAGCUCUCAUCAAGUCCCCACAUGGUCUCCUGGACCAGACCAUCUUCGAAACAGAAACGGCUAAUUUUGAAAUCGAGCUCGCCAGACCGUUUGACGAGUUCACGUGGUUUAAGAACGGGGAGGCGCUGACCUCAAGUGACACCGUUGUCAUGGAGAGGGACGAGUGCACCUAUCGCCUGGCGUUGCACAAGUGCCGUCUGAGCGACAUGGGAGAAAUCAAAUUCGGUUUCCUCGACCUUGAGUCUACUGCUAAGCUCACCGUGAAAGCGCUGCUUAAGAAGGGUCUCCAGGACCGCGAGGUGUUUGAGACAGAGACGGCGGUGUUUGAGACCGAGCUGUGCAGACCUGUGGACCAGUUCCGCUGGUUCAGAAAGGGCGAGGAGCUCGUGCAGGGCGAACACGUUGUUUUCGAGACGGAGGAAGCCCGCUAUAAACUUUCGCUGAAGAACUGCCGGAUGGAAGAUGCCGGGGAAGUCAAGUUCGAGUUCAUGGGCCUGGAUACUGCCGCGAACCUCACUGUCAAAGAUAUGAUAAAGAAGGGUCUCGAAGACGUGGAAAUCUUCGAGACGGAGAACGCGUCGUUCCAAAUCAUCUUGGCCAAGCCCAUAGACUCGUACUCCUGGUACCAGAAGGGCGCGAAGCUGGAGGAAGGAGAGAACGUCAUCAUGCAGGUGGACGAGUUCAUCUACAGGCUCACGCUGAGGAACUGCAGCAUGGAGGAUGCCGGCAGUAUCAAGUUUGAGUUCUAUGGCAUUGAAUCCAACGGGUCGCUCAUUGUCAAAGACCUUCUCAAAAAGGGACUUGACGACGUCGAGAUCUUUGAGAAGGAGACGGCUUACUUCCAAGUAGUCCUAGCUAAAGCGGUGAAGGAAUUCCGCUGGUUUAAACAUGGCGAGAUCCUUGAGCCUGGCGACGAUUGCCUGAUACGUGCAGAAGGCGUGCUCUUCAGCCUUACGCUAAAGCAUUGCGUCAUAGAAGACACGUCAGCGAUCAAAUUUGAGUUCCUGAACCAUGAGACGUCAGGCCAGCUGAUUGUCAAAGCCCUCCCGCCGCAGCUCAGGCGCGACCUGAAGGACCAGGAGAUCUGGGAGGAGGAGGCUGCUCGGUUCGAGCUGGAGCUCACCAAGCCCGUGGAUGUCUACAGCUGGUUCCUGAAGGGCGAGGAGCUGGUGCAGGGAGAGAACGUCAUUUUCGAGGACGAGGAGAACGUGCACCGCCUGAUCCUGCUGAACUGCAGCGUGGAUCAGACGGGCGCCGUGCGCUUCAGCACCGGCGGACUCAUCUCGUCUGCCACGCUCGUCGUCAAAGCAUUACCCAUAGAUAUAAUCCGCGGCCUGACUGACCAGGAAGUUUUCGAGAUGGAGAGCGCAUCUUUCGAGAUAGAGCUCAGCCGUCCCGUAGAGGACUUCAAGUGGUACCAGAAGGGCGUGAAGCUUGAAGAAGGCAAUAACGUGGCGUUUGAGGUGGUGGAUGAGCGCACGUACAAGGUGGAGCUGCGAGACUGCCACCUGGAGGACAUGGGGACUGUGCGGUUCGAGGCCGGCAGCGUCAAGCCGUCCGCUACUCUCAUAGUGAAAGCAUUGCCCAUUGACAUCAUCCGCGCCCUGCAAGACCAGGAGGUGUUUGAACAGGAGAGCGCGUCCUUUGAGAUCGAGCUGGGCCGCGCCCUGCCAGGUGCCAAGUGGUACAAGAAGGGCGUGGAGCUGGAGAGCUCUGACACGGUCAAGAUCGAACAGGCGGACAGGACGUACAAACUUGAACUUCUGGACUGCCAGCUCAGCGACAUGGGCACCAUCAAGUUCGAGUGCGGCCCGGUCAGGCCCACCGCCACGCUCAUUGUCAAAGCGCAACCUAUCGAAGUGAUCCGGGGCCUUCAGGACCAGGAAGUGUUCGAAAGCGAAAGCGCGAAGUUCUUUAUUGAGCUCAGCCGAGUGAUAGAAGAGUUCCGAUGGUACAAGAAGGGACACUUGCUAGAAGCGAGCGAAGACGUCGUCGUCACGCGAGACGAGCGCACGUACAGUCUGGAGCUGCGCAAUUGUCAGAUAUCUGACAUGGGCACGAUCCGGUUUGAAGCCGGGCCCGUCAAGCCAACAGCCACUUUGAUUGUGAAAGCCCUGCCCAUAGACGUAGUGCGCAAUCUACACGACGUGGAAAUAUACGAGGCGGAAACCGCCAACUUUGAGAUCGAGCUGAGUCGUCCGCUGCCCGUGUUCAAAUGGUUCAAAAAGGGCCAGGAGCUGCAGGCCACUGACGACAUCAGCAUCGAGCAGGACGAGCGGACCUACAAGCUCGAGCUGCGUAACUGCGUGCUGAGCGACAUGGGAACCAUCACCUUCGAGGCAGGCCCGCUCAAGCCGACGGCGAUGCUUAUUGUUAAAGCCCUACCCGUGGACAUAAUAAAGGGUCUGGAAGACGUAGAGGUGUUUGAAAUGGAGACGGCGAGUUUCCAGAUCGAGCUGAACCGACAGAUCAAGAAUUUCCGCUGGUUCAAGAAGGGCGAGCUGCUCGAGCAGGGCGAGACUGUAGAGUACAGUCUAGAGGAGAACACCUACUCGCUCCACCUGCGCGACUGUAAAAUAUCCGACAUGGGCACGGUCAGGUUUGAGGCUGGCCCCGUCAAACCCACGGCGACUCUCAUCGUGAAAGCGCUCCCUAUCGUUGUGCGCCGCGAACUGCAGGACGUGACUCUGUACGAGCACGAGACCGCGGAGUUCGAGAUCGAGCUCGGGCGGCCCAUCGAGGAGUACCGAUGGUUCCUGAAGAACAAACUGCUGGAGGCCAGCGACAGAGUCGUGCUGGAGACGGAAGGAGCGAAGUACAAAGUGACGAUACAGAACUGUCUGCUGAAGGAUAUGGGCACGAUCCGGUUCGAGGCCGGCCCGCUCAAGCCUACAGCCACGCUGAUCGUCAGAGCUCUUCCGGUUGAAAUCGUGCGCGAGCUCGACGACCAGGAAGUGUUCGAGACGGAGACGGCCGGGUUUGACAUUGAGCUGAACCGCUCCGUGGCCGAGUACCGCUGGUACAAGAAGGGAGAGAUCCUGGAGGCCAACGAUGACGUCAAGAUGGAACAGGAGGGACCGACUUACAAACUCUUCCUGCGUAACUGCCUGCUUAAGGACAUUGGCAACGUCAAGUUUGAGACAGGAAACCUAAAAUCUUCUGCCAUUCUUAUGGUGAAAGCGCUCCCUGCCGAGAUCAGGCGCAACCUGCAGGACGUAGAAAUCUUUGAAGGCGAAACUGCGACGUUUGAAAUCGAGAUGGCGCGACCGAUCGAAGGCUUCAAAUGGUUCCGAAAGGGGCUAGAGAUCCAGCCUGAGGACGAUAUCAUCUUUGAGCAGGAGGGCCUUCUGGUUUAUAGAGUAACCCUGAAAAACUGCUUACAGAGCCACACGGGCAAUGUCAAGUUCAUUACGGGCCAGCUGCAAUCCACGGCCUCGCUCAUUGUCAAAGCCAUCCCUGUCGACGUUAUACGGGAUCUGGAGGACCAGGAGGUCUGGGAGAAGGAAACGGCGACGUUCGAAGUCGAGCUGUCCCAGCCGGUCUCGGACUUCCACUGGAUCCAGAAGAAGGAGGAGCUUCACCCGAGCGCGCGUGUCGAGUUCCAGACGGACGAGAACACGCAGCGCCUCAUCAUCCACGACUGCCGCACGGAGGACAUCGGACCGGUCAAGUUCAACACCGAGACGCUACAGCUGUCAGCCAUUCUCAUGGUCAAAGAACUCCCGCUUAAGAUCGAAAAGGAUCUUGAAGACCAGGAGAUCUGGGAGAAACAGAUGGCCACGUACGAGGUGGAGCUGAACAAACCGGAUAUGAACGUGUUCUGGUUCCGGGAGAACGUGCGCAUCGUGCCUAGCGACGAGAUCGAGAUCAGGUCAAAGGGCAACGCCUACACCCUGGUGCUGCACAAGCGCAAGCUGUCUGACGCGGGCGAGAUCAGGUUCUCUGUCGGAGAGCUCUCGUCCACCGCGAAACUCAUCGUCAAAGAACUGCCUGUUGAGGUGGUGCGCGAGCUCGAGGACCAGGAGGUCUGGGAAGACGAGACCGCGCGCUUCGAGAUCGAACUCUCGCGACAAAUCACGGAGUUCCACUGGUCCAAGAAGGGCGAGGAGCUCCAGACGGGCGCCUCCGUGGACUUCCUGCAGGACGGAAACGUCUACAAGCUGGUGCUCAUGGACUGUAAGAUAGAGGACAUGGGAACCAUCAAGUUCGAAACGGAGGACAGGAAGUCGUCGGCGACUCUAGUGGUGAAAGAGCUGCCCGUGGAAAUCACGCGCCAGCUCGAGGACGUGGAGGUUUACGAGCGAGACUCCGCCACCUUCGAGGUGGAGCUGAACAAGAAGGACCAGCAGGUCCAGUGGUUUAAGAAGGGAGUGCUUCUUGAAGACAGCGGGAGGAGGACGCCUGGUCGCGUCACUCCGCACGAGUCCGUGGACAUCAUGAGCGACGACUACCGGUACAAGUGCACCCUGCACAACUGCCAGCUGGAGGACAUGGGAGAGAUCAAGUUCUUGGUCAACUCGCACAAGGCCAAGGCGCACCUGCGUGUCAAAGAGCUGCCUAUCGGCUUCCUACUGGGGCUGAAAGACCAGCGCGCGGUCGAGCGCGACGAGAUGGCCAAGUUCACCUGCACCAUGUCCAAGAAGGGCCAGGUGGCCAAGUGGUUCUUCGAAAGCGAACCUUGCGAGGAGAACGGGAAGUACAGGUUCGAGGUGGACGGCACGGCCUACAGUCUCAUCAUUCGGGACAUCAAGCUAACAGACGCCGGGAAGUACACAUGCGCAUCUAAGGACAGCGAAACCACCGCCAAUCUGGUCGUGGACCGUACGUACAGUCUUGACCCCUGACAUGACCCCUGGCGC